GCACGAGAAGCCGCACUUGACGAUGUAGUGACCACGAAGAACACUCAUUCUUCUAGAAUGUAUUCGAAGUUUCCUGCAGCUCCAACUACGUCGUCGUCGUCUUCGAAUUCUGAAUCUGAACCUCUACCGCCAAGUGUCGUCUCACUUCUCAACAUGCGAAGGAGAGCGUCUAUUCCUCUGUCAGAAGUGUCCAAGUCCGUCAUUCUAGUCCCCGCCGAGCACGAUGGCGAACUGAAGACUCCUCUGCAGAUUGCAUUCCAACGUCAAGUGGAAACUCUAGCGAUCGAAAAUCACUUGCUGAAAGGCAUAGGCACAGGAGGAGGAUCCGGGUCGAAGCAAUCGCAGAUGUUGAUGCAGAAACUUCCACCAGACGUUUUAGAAAAGCGAGAUUGGACGUCAUUGUUCGAUAUCAAGACGUAUUUUGAUUUACGCGACUACGAUCUGGAGCAUAUGCGAGACAACCGCCAUGAACGAC